AUGGGCCUCAACGGCGGCAUGGAGGCCGGCGAAGAGGAGAAGAAAAAGAAGAUCGACCAGGAUGUAAUGUUAUUCCUGCGAAAGCGGAGUGACUCUGAAGUUCCUCGGUAUGCCACACGGUUGAAGACUUACAUUAACUUGCAGCAGAAAAGGCAAAAGGCGGCGGCAGCGCGUCGUCAUUCAGAGCAGAUUUUGAAGAACGAGAGAUCCGGGGUGAGGAAGAAAAAUGGAGAGAACAAAACCUUGGAGACUACAGACAAUCGGGGAAUACCAGAAGAGGAGCGUGGAGUGAAACGUCGCGGUGAUAAGCCAUCUGGCAGUCGAAUAGGCUCCCGUUCGCCGUCUGGUGAGCCGGCAGAUCGGUGCGGUCGUCGCCGGCGCCGUCGCAGCCGUUGCGGCAAAAAACGCCGUCGGCGUCGUAGUUGCAGCCGCAGACGCCGGCGCAGGCGCAGCUGUCGACGAAGGAGACGCCGGAGUUGUAGCCGCCGACGAAGACGAAGGAGUUGCCGUCGCCGCAGGAAACGCUGUCGCGGCGGUCGUUGA